CUGCUGAGGCAGUCCACCAAGUCCAGACCUGCUCGACGCCGCUGCGAUCGGCAACGCUUCCGCUCUGCUCCCACCGCCAUCCCGCAUGGCUCCUUGCUGCUGCUCGUGUCAAUUGCCGGGCACUUUGUUGUCAUGUCGAUCCAGGACCCCCAUGGCAGAACGGAAACCAGAACUUUGACUUGAUAACUGUUUCCCGCCGACGACAUUUCAAUUCAACGCUCGUCACUGGGGCGCCUGUGACUGGUAUCCUGGUCUACACACCUGACCCCUGCAAUGCCGUGCCCAAUCCAUCCCGGAAACGGGGAUCGACAACAAGGAGGGGGAUCUACAAAGAGUGCGCCUAUACUGCCCAAUGCGCGACUGCGAAUUCUCGAAUUUGGCAUCGAGCCCGCAUGCAUGCGCACAUGUGACAUGACCUGCGGUGGCUAAUUACCCAUGGUCGAAAGAAAAAACUAGGAAGAAACAUGUUGUGCGAGGUGAAAAAUGUGUCCGUGCGUGCGCGAAACUCGCGCUGCGACUGCGACCAAGCCGGGGGCUCCCGCGUGCAGCUGGCAUUCCGCGGCUGCACAGGAGCCUGGCACCUCUGCGCCGCGCUGCUCUCGGCGGCCCCAUGGUGCGUCGGCACCACCGGCACGCGCAGGCCAAGACACGGGAGGCGGGGGAGGCAGCGGAGGGCGGGAGCUCAGCACCGCGGGGGAAAGGGGCAGCGAAGAGGAGGCGUCGCGGCUGCCAAACUCGACGGCUCGCAACUGCUAGUGCAUCUCGCAGCGGCGUCCGACUCGUGCGCGGCGCAGCCUCCACAGGAUCCUGAAGUGCCCUCGUGCCCCCGGCGGGCAACGGUCAGCACGAGAAAGAAAUGCUGUGGCAGGAGUUGCUUUAAGUCGGGUGCUCAGCUUCCUGACCGACGGUCCCUGCCGCUGCCGCGCCCCGCGGCGCCAGCCUGGCCUUACGGGAGCACGCUGGCCGUCGAGACCGAGGUCGCGGUCACCGCGGGGAUGCCCGUAGUCGUGUGCGCCCCGAGGCAGAGGAAGCGGUACUUCUCAUCUCCCCUCGUCUGGUCGCCGGUCGUCUCCACGAAAAACAGUAUUCUGACCUGGUGUCGUAUGCGCAACUGAUCCCGGUCGCAGCGCCCGGGACGAAGAUCUGCGUCGACGUGGUCACACCGAGGCCCGGCGCCGCGGCGAAGCAUUGCCCUCUGCUCGGGAUGUCAGCCAGGCCCACAUCUGCGCACGUCCGGCCCGGGGCCAGAAUCGAGAAGCCAGGCGGGGACGCCACGGUCUCGGUCGUAGAGGAGGAGACAGUGCUCGUGCGGAUGCCUGGGCACAUGUACCGAUACUUCGGGUCUGGUAGCGUUUCGGGGCCAGUGGACAGGGAGUAGAGCACAAUGCCAGAUGCCGAGUCGUAGACACAACUGAAGCCUAAUGCAGCCGGGAUGUCACUGAAGGUCUGCUCGCCAAGUCCAGCGGCACCCAUCGCCGACUUGCACCCCGAGGAGUCCGACACGUCGCCAAGGCCGACCUCGUCGCAGGUCAUGCCGGCCGGCAGGAGAGAGUAGCCAACACCGUUAGAGAUGGCAGGGGCCAGCCACCUGCCCGACAGCCCUCCCAUUGUCGCGUCCGCCGACGCCGGCAGGGGCGACACGAGCGCGCCGGCCGCAGAGACCGAGGUCGCGGUCGCAGUGAAGCCCUCGGUCGUGGUGCUCGUCGCGGGGGCGCGCGCCGCCGUGCGACCAGGUCCCCAGCGCCGGCAGCACCGCCGCCUCCGGGGCGGCUGCGGAUGCGGGUGCCGCCGUCCAUGCUGCCCCUGCCGCGAGGAGCAGCACCUGCGCCACCAGUGCAUCCCGCCGGAGGCCGUGCAGGGGUGCCAUGGCCACUUUUCCAGCGGAACCAGUUCGGCAGAGGUGCUGACCAACGAGUCCCACAAACGGUAGCUUGGGCC